CAGGCCAGGCCCCCACCCGAGGCCUCCCUUCCUUGUGCUGGAGCCAACCCUACCUGAGUCCUGAGCCCACAGACAAGGGAGGGGUGGGGCCUGGCGGCUGUGAGCCACAAGUAGGGCCCUGAGGGGAGGAGGGAGGGCAGGAUAGUGGGUGCUCUUAAGUCUGAAGUGAACUACGCCUCCCUCACUCCUCACCUGGCCUCUGAGCUGUCUUGAUCCCAGGAGCCAGAAGUGAACACAGCCGCUGCCUGCCCUGGACCCCAGGUCCUGCAAAGCUCCUGGUUGGCAAGUGACACCUCUGGGUCCUAAGUGAGGCUGGUGAGAAGCCGGAGCUGCACCGCCAGGUCGCUGCCCCUGCCAUGUCGCAGGUGAUGCCCAGAUCCCUGCUGGCAGGCGGCCACGCCGUCUGCUUGCCUCCCUGCGAGGAACCCAGGAGGGUCCUGCACCCAGCACCCAGCCCCACCCUGCCGCCCCCGUAUCCUUACUACACCACGGAAGGCUGGGGAGCCCAGGCCCUGAUGGCCUCCACGCCCUGCAAGGAGCCCCCCAACAGGCUCCAGCAGGCCCCCCAGGCUGGAGCCAAAGCCAGCUGCCUCCUGCGGUCCCCUGGUGAGCAGCCCUCAGGGGCCCUGGAGGACUCCUACAUUGGCUUCUCACUGGAGAGCCUCAACCAGAUGAUUCUGGAACUGGACCCCACCUUCCAGCUGCUCCCCACAGGGUCGGGUGGCCCGUGGGCAGAGCCCACCCAGAGCACUACCUCACAGAGAAGGAAAGAAGAGCCUGAAGUCUUGGAUAUAAAGUACAUCGAGGUGACCUCCGCCAGAUCAAGGUGCCACGAUGGCCCCCAGCGCUGCUCCAGCCCAUCUGUCACCCCGCCUUUCGGCUCCCCACGCAAUGGUGGCCUCCUCCUUUCCAGAGACAUCCCCCGAGAGACUCGAAGCAGCAGUGAAAGCCUCAUCUUCUCUGGGAACCAAGGCAUUGGGCACCAGCGCCCUCCUCCCCCGCCUGGGGCUCUGUCCUCUCAUCCCCCACCCUCUCCCACCAUCUCCAUCCCUUGCACGAGGAGCAAGGCCUCAGGCCCCCAUGGCUUUGGUUCCCCCCUGAUGGCUUCUCCAGGCCUGGAGAAGGGCCUGGGAGGCCCAGCCACACUUGGAGGCAACGGGGUCUCUAUGGUGUCGGCCCACCCAGCGACGGAUGUCAGCUACGUAUUUGGAAGCAGCCAGUCUCUCCUCCGCUCCAGCAUCUCCAGCCCACAGUCAUCUUCUAGGUCCUUGGAAAGCCCAGCCAGCUCUUCCUCCAGUCUCCACAGCCUUGGCCCAGGGUCCCUGUGCACAAGAGCCAGUGACAACCAGGUGCCCAGCAGUACCACACCAAGCAGGGGCCAGCCCAGAGCAGCCUGCUCCCCGCCACUGGACAAGGAGCAUGCCAGCAGCUGCCCCCCAUCCAUCGCCAACUCCAUGGUGGACAUACCCAUCGUGCUGAUCAACGGCUGCCCAGAACCAGGGUCUUCCCCACCCCAGCGGACCCCAGGACCCCAGGACUUUGUGCGACCUGGGGCUGCUCCUGCCAGCAACCCUUGUCCAGCCACCAGGAGCCACAGCCAGACCCUGCCAGAUGCCUCUCCUACCGCAUCCCCACAUGGUCCCGCCAGGGACAUGCAGCCCACCAUGAAGUUCGUGAUGGACACCUCUAAGUACUGGUUUAAGCCAAGCAUCACCCGAGAGCAAGCAAUCGAGCUGCUGAGGAAGGAGGAGCCGGGGGCUUUCGUCAUGAGGGACAGUUCUUCAUUCCGAGGCUCCUUCGGCCUUGCCUUGAAGGUGCAGGAGGCCCCCACGCCUACCCAGAACCGAUCAGGAGAGGACAGCAGUGACCUUAUCCGCCACUUCCUCAUCGAGUCUUCCGCCAAAGGGGUGCAUCUCAAAGGAGCGGACGAGGAGCCCUACUUCGGGAGCCUCUCUGCCUUUGUGUGCCAGCAUUCCAUCAUGCCCCUGGCCCUGCCCUGCAAACUCACCAUUCCGCAGAAAGAAUUGGGAGGCGGAGAGGGAGCCUCAGACGCCCCUACAGACAGCAGGGCCUCUGGCCUGAAGAGAUCUGCGAGAUCUGCGGGCUGCCAUGUUCUGUACCUGAGCUCUGUAAGUGUGGAGACCCUGACAGGAGCCCUGGCUGUGCAGAAGGCCAUCUCAACCAUCUUGGAGAGGGACGUCCUCCCCACGCCCACUGUGGUCCACUUCAAAGUCACGGAGCAGGGCAUCACCCUGACCGACGUCCAGAGGAAGGUGUUUUUCCGGCGCCAUUACCCCCUCAGCACCCUCCGCUUCUGUGGCAUGGACCCCGAGCAACGCAAGUGGCAGAAGUACUGCAAGCCCUCCUGGAUCUUUGGGUUUGUGGCCAAGAGCCAGACCAACUCACAGGAGAAUGUGUGCCACCUCUUCGCGGAGUAUGACACGGUCCAGCCAGCCUCACAGGUCAUCAGCCUGGUGGGUGCCCUGCUGCAGGACACAGAAAGGAUGUAGGGGGGCUCUCCCUGCACGUGCUCCCGGAUAUCCCAAGGGAAUUGCUCGGAAAUCCCCUCCACCCCCUGAACAAGUGGCCGUAGCCCCACUGAUAGACCAAUGCAUUGAACUCCCCGGUCUCAGUUUCCUCAUCCAUGAAAGGAGGCCAGUAGACAGGGUCAGUUGUUCUUCUCAGACUCUGGGGGGAUCCGAACAAGCCCCCUGUGAUUCUGAAGCACACCCUCACCUGAGGACCCCCACAGGAAAACAACCUCUGAGGACAACUGACUCCAUCAGCCUGGACGCUGCCGACACAGCAGCCUGAGUUAGAGACCUGUGUCCCUGUUUCAUGGCAAACAGCAGGUGCUGGGUCGGACCAAGGGGCCCUGGCCAGGGCUGGGCUGGGCUGGGAGCAGAUGGAUGCAAUGAUUCUCCAA